AUCGGCAAUAGAUAGAAACCCAAAGCAGAUGAAGCAGUAGAGUCUACUAUAAAUCGCCGUUGCCCACUCGUCAUUGGUUGUACGCUCGCCUCGGGAUCAGAGGAGUGACCGUAUCUGCUCAACCAAGCAUUGUGACGCAAAUUACUUGUGACCAGUUCCCGGAUCAUGAGGUGUAGAAACGCAUUCUGAGAAAGAUUUCUAAACUCAAGAUCAAUAAGCAUGAGAGAUAUAAUAUCCGAGUAAAUUAAUACUAAGUAAAAGUGUCAGGUCGUCUAAUGCAGGAGCUCGUGUUUGAGGCACUCGCCACUUCCAAUGAGGCCGCAACUUCUUCCUCAAAUGCAGUAAAUUCUAAUCCAGGAGUCGCUAAAAGUAGCUACGACGAGGCAAGACGAAAAAUCGAAAAGCUUUCCGUGAAGGAGCUCAAGCUGCUGCUGCACCGGGAAGAGUACGACGCCAACAACGAAGUCAACUUUACGGAAAAGCAAGACUUGAUCGAAGCGGCGCUCGAGCUGCUUGCGGUGACAAAAGUCGGAUGGGGACGGCACUGGCAGAGUACAUCGCUGAAAAUCUUUCUCGACGUCGACGGCGUUUUGAAUAAACUCGGGGGGUUUGCCCUCACACUGCACGAGGACAACUGCCGAGAAUUCAUAGCCGCGGUUCAGAAGGCGGAGCAAGUUGUGCUGAGUGACAGGAACAUGGGGACGAAUAGUUGUGAUGAUGCUGUGUUGAACAAUAUUCCCCAGUGUCAAGUCCAAGUCGUCCUCUCCAGCUCGUGGCGCACACGACUGAUAAGAAAACUGAAACUGCAGAAAUACCUCGAGAGACAGUUUAUCCGGUGUAAAAGUUGUUGUAAAGGUGUAUCGUACACCAGCUAACCUAUUGUACAACACGAAAUUUGAUAAUUUUUCCAUCGACAAUUUUUUUUUGGGAAGGAAAAAGGAAAUCUGUUGUGCUGAAUAAAGGAUUUCUGAUACGAAAGGAAAAAAGAUCUUCUGUCAUACAACAUGGGAAUUUGUACGCUACGAGUUACGCUUACAAAUACAAUGGUACAACAAUUUUUGCAGAGGAUGAAGGUCAAGGUGCGACCCGACUUUUUUUGCGGAGAGACGGAAGAGAUAGCGUAUGACAUGCGGCAUCUGGAAAUACGGAACUUCGCCGCGGAAAAUUGUCUGCUUGAAGUACUUGAAGGUCCUCGGGGUCGUGAACAGGCAACUCGUACAUUACGUGCCGCAACCUCCAGAUGUGGGAAUUCUAGUUGUUUGACGAACAACUUUAUCAUAGUCGACGACAUGGAAGCUUUGCGGGACUCUUUCGACCAAAGCACGCUUCUCUUGACGGAUGGAAAUACCGGGUUCACGCCCGCUGACGGGGAAAGAUUAGUGGCAAUGGUGCGGGAGAAAGUGAAACAUUUGAAGAACAAUCAUCGUGCAAAUAAAGUGACAGGGAAUUUAGAUGAAACGAGGAAUCCCACCCGCACAGCUAGUGGAGAAAGUGUUGGUACAGGAACAGCAACAUCAGCCCAUGACUUGACAGGAGCUCCAAGAACGCAAGAAGUACAGGAGCCGAAACGACAGCGACUUUGACAUGUACGAAAUUUCGAAGUGUGCUUUACCAGACCGCUCAAGCUCUUGCAUCGUUCGAAUGCAGGUAGUUGGGGGGGAGGUACUCAUACUAUCGAAGGCCGCGACUCACCAGCACAAAGAGGAUGUCAAAAUGACGUCUUAGUGAAGAUACAACUGUUGAAAGAACGUUCUUGUGACUAAAACCAACACCUGUAGUUUUUGCAGCUGAUACUGUCGUCUGCAUUUGAGUGCAGAGACGAAGAAAAGGUACAUAUGGUGAGAAGUCUACUGCAGACUGGCAUGCAUUGUAUU